AUGCAAAGAAAACCUAUUGGCUGGACCCUACGGCGAGAAGGUCCUCAUUCCCAAAUGUCAGAAGUGCAAGUGGCCUUUUACCUUCUACUACAAAAACCAUGUGAAUUGUUGUGUGGUCACGCUAUUUGCGAACAAUGUUUUAACCACCACAAGCUUCCGGGAAAUGAAGUUGACUGGGGAUACAAGUAUGGCAUCGUUUGUCCACUUUCCAAUUGUCCAAAGAGCAAUCUUCGUGACGCAGUCCAAUUCCAAGGUAUUGUGAAAGGUGAAAAGAAGAAAGUACUUGUGGAUGCAGAUGGUUUCCAGAAAGGUGUUCAUCACAGGGAAGAAUUGAAAGAAUCAUCAAGCCUCGUCGAUCCACUCAAG